UAUUCCCCACCCAUUUCUCUCUCGGCCUCUUCACUCUCUGUCUACUAACUGUGAUUCUAUCCUCCCUAAUCAAUGGGUCUCUCAAGCCAGCGCAUGCUUCCGGCUAUCGCCCUCCUCUUCUUGCUUCUAGUUGCCACUGAGAUGGGGCCAGAAGUUGUAGAGGCAAGGACUUGUGAAUCACAGAGCCACAGGUUCAGGGGGCCCUGCGUCAGGGAAUCCAACUGCGCUAGCGUUUGCCAGACCGAAGGAUUUCCAGGCGGCGAUUGCCGCGGGCUCCGUCGCCGAUGUUUCUGCACUGGACCUUGUUAGAACCGGGUCAUGGCUUUCGGUGUUCGAGAAUAAAUUAAGCAAGCUUGUUGUAGCUUGUUAAUGUUGGGGUAUCGAUUUUAGAUUAAGCUAGUUGUUAUGCAUGCGUGCGUUUGUUUUUGGGUGGUUUUUUUUUAUAUGUCUUGGUUUGUAACUUGUCAUGUUUGAAGAUGUUUCAUCGAAGUUGCGUUGGUGAUUAUUAGUUGUUCGUUGUUCAUUAA